AUUUUCCUUCGGUUGUUGUUUCAAUUUGGAAUCGUAUAAUUAGCAAAUCACUUGAAAACUUGUAGUCACAAUAAGAUAAAGACGAUUUUCAAUGAUAAGCCAAAUUAAAUGCUUAUCUUUCGAGAACGACUAAUCACUAUAAUUAUUGUAACGUAACAUUUGAUCAUUUCGAAUGAACGAACAACCAUGGACCAAAGAAGGGGUCCCGACAGAACCAUCAACCCCAGAAAAAAUGCUUCCAUACUAUCUGUAAUCACCUUUCUUUAUACGUACGACAUUUUCAAAAAGGGAUUCAAAAAGGAAUUGGAAGUGGACGACGUGUACGAGGUUUUGCCAAAGUUUAGAACAAGAAAACUGGGCGACGAGUUGGAAAGUCACUGGAACGAAGACAAAAGAAAAAACCACAGACCUUCUUUGUACCGACUGACUUGGUCCAGAUAUGGGAAACAAUAUUUAUCACUUGGUGCUUUAAACGUCAUCGUCCAAAUUGGUUUCGUGCAACUCAUGCCGCAAGCGGUGGGCAAAUUCGUCUCGUAUUUCUCUCCGACCAACACGUUAUCGAGAAACGACGCGUUUUACUAUGGUUCCUCGAUAAUCGUUCUCACCCUCCUCAAAUACCUUUUCGACUAUAACUAUCAACAGAUCAUCAAGGAGUUUUCGAUAAAAGUGUGCACUUCCUUCUCCUCGUUGCUCUAUCGGAAAGCCCUGAAACUGAGCCCGGAGGCGCUGUCGGACAUCACCAUGGGGAAGAUCGUCACACUGCUGAUCAAAGAUGUGAACACAUUCGAAACGGCCAUCGCUUUCUUCAACGACAUGUGGAAUGGGUUUGUUUUAAUGGGCGUCGUUACUUAUUUGAUACAUGUGCGGAUCGGUUAUCCCGUCUUUAUCGGAAUGGGAUUCGUGUUGGUUUGCAUUCCAUUUCAAGUGUUUUUGGGUAAAAAGACGAGCGAGAUGCGCUUAAAGUGUGCCAAGAAAACAGACGACCGAAUUCAAGUGACUCAGGAAGCUCUGAGUGCGAUUAAAAUAAUAAAAAUGUAUACGUGGGAACGGUUCUUUCAAAAUCACGUGACCAACGCGAGAAGAAUAGAAAUAGACGAAUUGAAAAAGAUCUUCUACUUAAAAUCGUUUUCGAUAGUUCUGGGAAGUGUGGUGACACAUGCCACCUUCUGUCUCAUCAUCUUGGCGAACUCGUGGUUCGGGAAGGACUUGGACGGCGAACUGGUGUAUUAUAUUUUGUCCUGUUUCGGUUCCCUGAAAAUGUUCAUCAGCAUUUCAAUUCCUCUCGGAAUUAGUCAGUCUGCGGAAUUGGUGGCUUCGUUGACCCGACUGGACAGAUUUAUGAACGCUCCGGAAUUGAAACGACACGAAAGGAGGGAAAAUGUCGAAGGAAAAGCGGAAAUAUUGAUGGAAAAUGUUGCGGUGACGUUGGCUAACGAGGAAAUACUAAAAUCGGUCUCGUUAAAAGCGGACAAAGGGUUGACGAUGGUAACGGGAAACGUAGGAAGCGGCAAGAGUACACUUUUGAAGUCGAUGCUUGGAGAGUGUUCGAUCACUAAAGGAACAUGUUCUGUGAAGGGCACCGUUUCUUAUGCUUCACAGGAACCGUGGGUUUUUCCGUCGACGGUUCGACAAAACAUCAUCUUCGGAUUGCCUUUCGACGAAGAGAGGUACUUCCAAGUUCUUUCCUGCUGCGCACUCACUUUUGACAUCAAUCUCUUUGAGAACGGUGACCAAACGAUCGUCGGCGACAAAGGUUUGAAUUUGAGCAAAGGGCAAAAGGCCAGGAUCAGUUUGGCCAGGUGCUGCUACAAGAACAGUGACGUCUAUUUGCUGGACGACUGUUUGACCGCUUUGGACGCCAACGUUGGCAGAUAUGUGUUCGACAGAUGCAUAAAGGGUUUCCUCAAGGACAAAAUUGUCAUAUUCGUUUCCCACAAUCCGUUUUAUCUGCGAGAGGCCGACAACAAGCUGGUCUUGGAGGAAGGCAGGACUCUGUCUCUGGAGGACCAGAGCAAAAGACUGAGCAAACGAAUCACGAGGUACAUCGACGAAGACAGAAGCAACAAAGUGAUAAGAGACCUUCGGGCCAGUGAACUGAUGGAGGAAACCGAUUCGUUGUUGGAUAAAAACACGAAACCUUCGAAAGAUGUGUACGAGGAGAAACAGAAACGAGGCAAGGUCGAUUACAGAGUUUACGGGAGGUACUUUAAGUUUUACGGAGGCUUCUGGGGAAUACUGAUGGUCAUGACCAUGUUCGUCGUUGGUCAAUGGGGAGUGACCGAAGGCGACAAUCAAAUAAAGAAAUGGGUGAAUUUACAGGCCAACAUUACGGCGCUCAAACUUCAGAGCAACAACGACUCGAAUAAUACCGAAUUACGGGAAUUGAUCGCCAACCAAGAGACCGCACACAAAUCAACCUUUGACUUUUACAUGACGCUUACAUUGAGUGUCACCGUGAUUUUGGUCCUCAGAGCUCUGCUGCACUUUAUGUUGUCGUCGAGGGCUUCGAGGAAGUUGCACGAUUGCAUGGUUCAGUCGUUGCUGAACAGUCCGUUGCAGUUUUUCGACGUGCACUUCAUCGGGAACAUUUUGAACAGGUUCUCGAAGGAUUUGUGUUCGGUCGACGAGUACAUUCCCUUUUUGAUAUACGAACUUUUCAGGGUAACUAUCCACAUCAAGCGACGUUAUCAAACUAACCGUCUGUUCGUAGAUAACAUGCAUGAUAGUCGGAGUGACCUAUCUGAUAUCCAUCGUGAACAACAUGUACCUGGUACCGGCCGCAAUCUUUGCUUCCGUCGUCUACUUCCUGCGAUGUUACUACAUCCCGACGGGGAGGAGUCUCAGGAGACUGGAUGCGAUUACGAGAAGUCCGAUGGUGGGAUAUUUGAACGCAACUCUCGACGGUUUGAGCACAAUCAGAGCUUACGAGACGGAACAAAUCCUGAGAGAUCAGUUCGACCGCCACACCGACCUGUUCUCCUCCUCCUGGUACAUGAUCCAAUGCACUCAGAGGGCGUUCAGUUUCGCCAUCGACAUUAUCUGCACAGGAUUUAUGGCCAUCGUCAUCGUCGGAUUCUUCUUCAACAAUGAUACGGAUUCCGGAAGCGUCGGAAUGGCCAUAACUCAGGUGUUCAUGUUGACUGCGGUCAUAACGUGGGCGACCAAACAGUUUUCAGAGCUGGAGAGUCAAGUGACGUCGGUCGAAAGAGUUCUGGAG